AUAGCUGCCUGCAGUGAGUGUUCAGGGCAAAGCAACAUGACUCAGACUCUGUUUCCUGUAGUGCUUUCUUUCUUUCUCUGCAUGUGACUGACUGACCUGCGAGGUUUAAGAGGGUGUGAGGUAACUUUCAUUUCAGUGUGACGCAGUUAUUUCAACCUCACCAAAGAACAUUAAAGAAGGAGAAGAAUGGAUCUGCCUGAAGGGCUCGAUGAGGGAAUCCUCCCCUCAGAGGUGACUUCAUUUGGGGAACAUGACAGCCCGACCAAAGCUCAGAGAUCAGAGCAGCAGCAGGAGAGACCAGCCUCCCCUGUGCCCAGCUGUGUCUCCAUGAAGUCACGGGAGCCGCCUCUCGCUUUCCAAAAGCAGUCUUCUGAAACAGGGAUCCGGGAGGAGGGACCCGACUCUCCUGUGCCGAGUUUUGUGUCCAUGAAUUCACGGGAGCCGCCUCUCGCUUUUCAAAACCAGCAUCCUUCUGAAACAGGAUUACCACAGGAGAUGUCGGAGGUUCUCUCUGGUCUGUCUCCUCAGGAAGACCGAACAGACAGGGACUCCAUAUUCAGGGUCUGUAAAUGUACCAUCACUCGUACAAGCAACUGCAGCAAUCACAAAUGUUCAAGUUUUUGCUUCAUUUUCCAGCUGCUUGAGGAGAACAUCUGUGAUUUUGUGAAGACCGAGCUGAAGAGGAUGCAGACGUCUCUGAGGUCAGAGUGUUUGGACAACGAGGAGGAAGAUGUGAGGAGCAGCAGAGAGGCAUUUCUGAAAAUUGUGCUGUACUUCCUGAAGAAAAUCCAGCAGGAGGAUCUGGCUGACGCUCUGCAGAAGAAAUCUCCAUUAGCGUGCCAGCGAAAGCUCAAAUCUAGUAUGAAGCAGAAGUUCCAGUGUUUGUUUGAGGGAACUGCUAAAACAUCAAGUCCAACCCUUCUGAAUCAGAUCUACACAGAGCUCUACAUCACAGAGGGAGGGACUGCAGAGGUCAAUGAUGAACAUGAGGUCAGACAGAUUGAAACAGCAUCCAGGAAACCACACAGACCAGAAACAACAAUCAGAUGUGAAGACAUUUUUAAGCCCUCGCCUGGAAGAGACAAACCAAUCAGAAGAGUGAUGACAAAGGGAGUGGCUGGCAUCGGGAAAACAGUCUUAACACAGAAGUUCACUCUGGACUGGGCUGAAGACAAAGACAACCAGGACAUACAGUUCACAUUUCCAUUCACUUUCAGAGAGCUGAAUGUGCUGAAGGAGAAAAAGUUCAGCUUGGUGGAACUUGUUCAUCACUUCUUCACUGAAACCAAAGAAAUCUGCAGCUUUGAAGAGUUCCAGGUUGUUUUCAUCUUUGACGGUCUGGAUGAGUGUCGACUUCCUCUGGACUUCCACAACACUGAGAUCCUGACUGAUGUUAGAGAGUCCACCUCAGUGGAUGUGCUGCUGACAAACCUCAUCAGGGGGAAACUGCUUCCCUCUGCUCGCCUCUGGAUAACCACACGACCUGCAGCAGCCAAUCAGAUCCCUCCUGGGUGUGUUGACAUGGUGACAGAGGUCAGAGGGUUCACUGACCCACAGAAGGAGGAGUACUUCAGGAAGAGAUUCAGAGACGAGGAGCAGGCCAGCAGAAUCAUCUCCCACAUCAAGACAUCACGAAGCCUCCACAUCAUGUGCCACAUCCCAGUCUUCUGCUGGAUCACUGCUACAGUUCUGGAGGAUGUGUUGAAGACCAGAGAGGGAGGAGAGCUGCCCAAGACUCUGACUGAGAUGUACAUCCACUUCCUGGUGGUUCAGGCCAAACUGUGGACCAUCAAGUAUCAAGUAGAAGCUCAGACACAGCCACACUGGAACCCAGGGAGCAGGGAGAUGGUUUUGUCUCUGGGAAAACUGGCUUUUGAUCAGCUGCAGAAAGGAAACCUGAUCUUCUAUGAAUCAGACCUGACAGAGUGUGGCAUCGAUAUCACAGCAGCCUCAGUGUACUCAGGAGUGUUCACACAGAUCUUUAAAGAGGAGAGAGGACUGUACCAGGACAAGGUGUUCUGCUUCAUCCAUCUGAGUGUUCAGGAGUUUCUGGCCGCACUUUAUGUCUUUCUGACUUUUACCAGCUCUGGCAUCAAUCUGCUGUCUCAGUCAAAAACCUGGUGGUCUAAUCUACGAAGGGACAAAUCUAAACUAUCAUACCUCUAUCAAAGUGCUGUGGAUAAGGCUUUGCAGAGUCCAAAUGGACACCUGGACUUGUUCCUCCGCUUCCUCCUCGGUCUUUCUCUGCAAGCCAAUCAGACUCUCCUACGAGGGCUGAUGACACAGACAGGAAAUGGCUGGCACGCCAGUCACGAAACAGUCCAGUACAUCAAGAGCGUGAUCAGGAAGAAUCUGUCUGCAGAGAGAAGCAUCAAUCUGUUCCACUGUCUGAACGAACUGAACGAUCGUUCUCUAGUGGAGGAGAUCCAACAGUACCUGAGUUCAGGACGUCUCUCCACAGAUAAACUGUCUCCCGCUCAGUGGUCAGCUCUGGGCUUCAUCUUACUGUCAUCAGAAGAAGAUCUGGACGUGUUUGACCUGAAGAAAUACUCUGCUUCAGAGGAGGCUCUUCUGAGGCUGCUGCCAGUGGUCAAAGCCUCCAACAAGUCUCUGCUGAGUGGCUGUAACCUGUCUGAGAAAAGCUGCGAAGGCCUGGCAUCAGUUCUCAGCUCCCAGUCUUCAAGUCUGAGAGAGCUGGACCUGACCAACAACAACCUGCAGGAUUCAGGAGUGAAGAUUCUCUCUGUCGGACUCGAGAAUCCACAAUGUAGACUGGAAAUUCUCAGGUUGGAUCACAACCAUCUCACAGGGACAUGCUGCCAGGAGUUGUCAUCAGUUCUCAGCACCAAGUUCUCUAGUCUAAAGGACCUGGACUUGAGUUAUAAUGACCUACAGGACUCAGGAGUGAAGCUGCUUCUUGCUGGACUGGAGAGUCCACACUGUGCACUGGAGAAACUCAGGCUGGUUGGCUGUAAUUUAUCAGACACAAGCCGUGACACUCUGGCUUCAGUUCUCAGCCACCCAUCCUGUCCUCUGAAAGAACUGGAUCUGAGUAACAACCAUCUGCAGGAUUCAGGAGUGACCAUCUUCACUGCUGGACAGGAGAGUCCGCAUUGUUGUCUGGAAACCCUCAGGCUGAGUCGAACAAGGCUCACAGAGAAGUGCUGCGAAGAGUUUUCAUCAGUUCUCAGCUCCAAGUCCACCAGUCUGCGAGUCCUGGACCUGAGUAACAAUGACCUGCAGGAUCCGGGAGUGAAGCUGCUCUGUAUCGGACUUGCGAGCCAGCACUGUCAGCUCCAAACUCUCAGGUUGAAUCAAACCAACCUCACAGAGAAAUGCUGCCAGGAGAUCUCAUCAGUUCUCAGCUCCCAGACCUCCAGUCUGAGAGAGCUGGACCUCAGUUACAACGAUCUGCAUGAUUCAGGAGUGAAGCAGCUAUCAGCUGGAUUAGAGAGUCCACACUGUACGCUGGAAACUCUCAGGCUGAAUGGCUGCAAGUUAUCAGAGAGAAGCUGUGAAGAUCUCGCUUCAGUUCUCAGCUCCCAGUCCAGCAGCCUGAGAGAGCUGACAGUGAGUAACAACGACCUGCAAAACCCGGGAGUGAAACUGCUGUCUGUUGCGAUGAGAAGCACUCACUGUACUCUGAAAACUCUCAGGUUGAGACGAACCGGGCUCACAGAGAAAUGUUGUCAGGAGUUGUCGUCAGUUCUCAGCACCGAGUCAUCCAGUCUGAGAGAGCUGGACUUGAGCAACAAUGACCUAAAGGAUUCAGGAGUGAAGCUGCUCGCUGAUGGACUGAGGAGCUCCCACUGCAGAAUGGAAACUCUCAGGUUGUCGGGCUGUUUGAUCACAGAGGAAGGCUGUACUUCUCUGGCCUGGGCCAUGAGGUCCAACCCCUCCCAUCUGAGAGAGCUGGACCUGAGCUACAAUCAUCCAGGAGACGCAGGAAUGAAGCCGCUCUUAGCUGGACUGGAGGAUUCAAGCUGGAGACUAGAUACUCUCAGUUUGGAUCAUGGAUGUGCUCAGUGGUUGAAAUCUGGUCUAGAGAAGUAUGUCUGUGAACUCACGUUGGAUCCAAACACGGCACACAAAAACGUCCUCCUGUCUGAGGACAAGCGCAAAGUGAUGCUGUGGAUGGAGAAGCAGCCGUAUCCUGAUCACCCGGACAGAUUCGACUGGUGCUACCAGCUGCUGUGUACAACUGGCCUGACUGGUCGCUGUUACUGGGAGGUGGACUGGGAAACAGGGGUUGAUAUAGGAGUGACUUACCAUGGACUCAGGCGGAGAGGAGCCCGCGAUGGCAGCCGGCUUGGCUGGAACGACAAGUCCUGGAGUCUGGAGCUCACUGAUAAAGGUUACUACGCCUGGCACAAUAAUAUAAGAACGGCUCUUCUCACUCCUCCGUCACCGGCUUCCAACAGAGUCGGGGUGUAUCUGGACUGGCCUGCAGGCACUCUGUCCUUCUACACAGUCUUACCUGACACUCGGAUCCACCUUUACACUUUCGACUGUGCGUUCGUUGAACCGCUCCUUCCUGGUUUUGGGUUCUUGUCGAUCGACUCGUCUGUGUCCUUGUGUUAAAGACAAAGGAUGCAUUUCUGCCUUCUCACACGGCCUUGUAUUGACUUGGUGACGCUGCUUUUUUGACUUGGUUUUGAGAAGGAAAGCUCUUCUUUAAGAAACUAGAACCUGCAUUUAGUUUUUCUUGAAUAGUUUCCUAUAAUAUUUUUUAUAGCGUGUCGGGGCGUGUGUCUCACGAUAUUUCAAAGAAUAAAUAUUGAUAUAUUGUUAAUAAUACACGCGAUAACAUAUUGUAAAUAAUACAGUCAUUUCAGCCAUUAUACAGAGAAAUUCAAGAAGUGUAAUUGUUUUUUUGUAUAUUUUUGUACAGUUAUUGUUACAGACUCAGUAAAAGAACACUUAGAAAAAAUAAAUAAAUAAAUAAAAAAAAU